GCGCAGCGGGCGGGUUGCAAGCCCUCUUUGUUCAGACGGGAAACCGUCAGGGGUCCAGUGAGUUCUGCGAGAAUUUGGUUAGCCCUGUUCCUCCCCCGUCGCUGCACAGUUGCUCCAUUCCUCCACCCACCCACCCACACACACACACACACACACACCACACACACACAAACACAUCCACUGAGAUAGCAAGCCAGCCAACCCUGCGGAGCUGCUGUGGUCAUUGCGUAGGGGGGGAGAUGGCUGAGCCCUGGGCUUCAUGGGCUUUCCCUGGAAGUAGGGAGAGGUAUUAGUGGAUACCCUGCCCGGAGCAUGUGUGCAGUGUCCACUUUUCUGACAGCCGAUUCGUGGAAGAUGAAGAUGGACAGUUUCAUUUGGCUGCAUGGAGUCGUGGGAUGGAGAAAGCACUGUUGAGUCAGGAGAAGUCAGAGAGGAGACAACUGGAACUUGCAGGACCGAAGGCUGGAUCUAGAGAUUGAGCUGCCAGAGACAGUGAGCAUGUAACAGAUCAUCAACGAGAUUCCUGGUGGCGACCAGUGCUGAGAAGGAGAUGAAAGCUUGAGAGAUAAAAGGGAGAGAGACCAGGAAGGGAAGUGCUCCCAGGAAGGGAGAGACCAGAAAAGAAGGCCCUUGGAGAAGACCAGGGAGGGCCAUGAAGGUACUGCUCCUCACAGGGCUGGGAGCCCUAUUUUUCGCAUAUUACUGGGAUGACAAGUUCGACCCAGCUGACCACUCCUGCUCACUGCCAGCCAGCCUCCAGGGAGCGCGUGUGCUGCUGACAGGAGCCAGUGCAGGUGUGGGAGAGGAGCUGGCAUAUCAUUACGCACGCCUGGGUUCCCACCUCGUCCUCACGGCCCAAAGAGAGGCUCUCCUACAGAAGGUGGUAGGGAACUGCCGGAAGCUGGGCGCUCCCAAGGUCUUCUACAUCGCUGCGGACAUGGCCUCCCCCGAGGUGCCCGAGCACGUGGUGCAGUUUGCGCUGGACAAACUGGGAGGGCUGGAUUACCUGGUGCUGAACCACCUCGGCGCCGCGCCGGCGGGCCCGCGGACCCGCAACGCCCAGGCAACGCGCUGGUUAAUGCAGGUGAACUUCCUGAGUUACGUGCAACUGACUUCAUUGGCCCUGCCCAGCCUGACAGACAGCAAGGGCUCCCUGGUGGUGGUGUCCUCGCUCCUAGGCCGGGUGCCCACGUCCUUCUCCAGCCCCUACUCCGCGGCCAAGUUCGCGCUGGACGGCUUCUUCAGCUCCCUGAGGCGGGAACUGGACGUGCAGGACGUGAAUGUGGCCAUCACCAUGUGCGUCCUGGGCCUCCAGGAUCAUGCUUCAGCCACUGAGCGAUUCCGGGGCAUCACGAGGGCCAAGGCAGCUCCGGGGCCCAAGGCAGCCCUGGCUGUGAUCCGGGGCAGCGCCACACGUGCCUCCAGAGUCUUCUACCCAUGGCGUUUUCACCUGCUCUGCCUUCUCCGAAGCUGGUUGCCUCAACCACGGGCCUGGUUCAUCCGCCAGGAGCUCAACAGCACGGCCACCGCUGCUGCCUAAGUCUCAGGGGUGGUACCCUUCAUCUUCCCAGAAGAGAACCCUCCAUCCAGCCGGCCCAGAGCACCCUCUCAGAGGGUGACCAUGGCCCAAGAUGGAGUCAUCAAUACAGAAAAGGAAGAUGAGAAGACCUCCCAGCACCUGGAGACAAUCAGCGCCCAGGGUGUGCAACCACCUGUUUGGGGACUUGGGAAGGCAUUACCUCAUCCUGCCCAUCACUGAUGUAUAAUUGCUGCUUCCAUUUUGCAGAUGAGAAAACUGAUUCUCACAGAGGUAAUAUGACUUGUCCCAGGGCUCUCGCCACAUCCAACAGGUCACACUACCCUGAGCCACCCUUGGAGCCCUCUCUGUCUCCCACCUGGAACCACCGGGUCCUUUAUUAGUUCUCAUUUGUUUUCAAAGCUGUCCACCUGAUGGGGGGAGGGGAUCUGAGGAGGAGAAGGCAAAGAAUGUGUUUUGGGCUGGACUUAACCUUUCCUUUCAUAAUAAAAAUCUUUUCU